CCCAACAAUACCCGAGACAGCCUUUCUCUUGCAAUUCCUUGGAAGAAAGAGAGAAACAGUAUUAUAGAAGACUUAAAGAGAUGGGUCGAGCUCCUUGCUGCGACAAGGCCAGCGUGAAGAAGGGACCGUGGUCGCCUGAAGAGGAUGCUAAGCUCAAGGCAUAUAUCGAGAAAUAUGGAACUGGAGGCAACUGGAUUGCUCUUCCUCAGAAAAUUGGUCUUAAGAGAUGUGGAAAGAGUUGCAGACUUAGAUGGUUGAAUUACUUGAGACCAAACAUCAAGCAUGGUGGAUUCUCUGAAGAAGAAGACAACAUCAUCUGUAGCCUCUAUAUAACUAUUGGAAGCAGGUGGUCCAUAAUUGCUGCACAGCUGCCUGGAAGAACUGAUAAUGAUAUCAAGAACUACUGGAACACCAAACUCAAGAAAAAACUGCUUGGAAGGCACAAGCAAUCAAACAACCGGUCAAACCAGGACCCCAAUGUCAUGAAUGGUGCAGAUGAUACUGAACACUCACAGGGCUUGAGCAACUCAGCCCUAGAAAGGCUGCAGCUCCAUAUGCAGCUUCAGAGUCUCCAAAACCCUUUCUUCUUCAACAAUCCAGCUCUGUGGCCCAGACUCCACCCUUUACAAGAAAAGAUGCUCCAGAACCUCCGGUCUUUGGAUGGAAACGCCAACCCUCUCCUCCCAAGCCGUCAGCUGGAGCAAGAACAGCCUAUCCCUUCUGUGACCCUUCAACAAGAUUACUUAAAUGGGAUAUCUUCAUCAGAUGUGUCAGUUCCCUUUGUUACAGAAAACAAUUUGAUGGCAGAUAUAGUACAAUCUAAUAAUGCAGGAAUUCCACCAGUUUCAAGCUUCCAUGCCGAGCUAGAUGAAUUUCUCAACAACAAAACUGUUGGUCUUGCACAAAUGACAGAAUUUGAUUGUUUCAAGGAAAUGAAUGGUUCAAAGGACAACAUGGUAUGGUGGUCUAAUGGUGCCUUUGAUGCAAAAUCAGCAUCCUCAAACUCUUGGGAGUCGGAGGGUAUGUUUCAAGAUUAUGAAAUGGGUUAUAAUAUGUAGGGAGAAAUUAAUAAAGUACUGAUGGAUAAGUGUAAGGUUAUUGGUUUCAGUCAUAAGAUGAAAAAUGGAGUAUAUUUAUACUACAAGUGAGGUUGUAAAUUGUGUGAAUAAUUAAUUAUGUUAAUGUCCUUUGAUCAGUUGUAAUUGCCAUAAAACGUUCUGAAUAUU